CAACUGGUUGAUGAUGGGAUGUGACUGCCGAAGGAACUUAUGGAUAGAGGUGCGGCAAGAUGGACAACUGUUUUGGCCUUUUUUGGGGUCAAUUUUUUUUUAUCACCCUCCUCUUCCGAUGAUUUAGUCUUGGGCGAAUAGAUUGUGGGGUAGGGAUGGAGAUAUUAGGGUUUCUGAGUUGGGUAAUAGAAUGAUGAUCUUCCUAUUUUUAAUGAGAACCUAUUAUUGGGGUUUUUAGGAGGUCCUUGACAAUUUUAAGGUAACAAUCUUUUUCUUGGUAAACGGGAGAACGAGAUUCUUCAUUCUACCAAUUAUAGCAUGGAAACCAGGGAUUCUAAUUUGCGUCAAGAUAUCAAGGUUUCCAAUUGAGUGGUUGUUUCCGGACUUUCUAAGUAAGAUUGUGAGUGUGAUAGACAGGCCAUAUUAUGUAUGGAUCAACCCACCAAGAUGGGAGGAAACUAGGGUAUGCGAAGUGUUGUGUGGUACCUUCUACUAACAAGGUUUAGACUAGUGUUGUAUGCAACUUGGUUGAGGACCUGGCUAUACCUCAAGUUGAGAAUUUGGGUGUUGAGGAGAGUGAACUUGUAGAUUUUGUAGCCUGGUAAUAGAAGCUACCAACUGAAGAAGAAUUCCAAGAGGUGGUUUAUGGGAAGAAGAGUGUGAUCCUCUCGAUGGCAGCCAGGGUUUCAAAAGUUAAAUUGGUGGUGAUCUCUCACCUAGACGAUGAUGCCUCGUUUGAAUGAUCUUUGUCUAAGAGUGGUUCUAGCCAGCUCUAAAAAGAUUGAAAUUGAUAAAAAUUUGUUGGCGGAGGGGGUAAGGAUAAGAAUGGUAGAAGGGGUGGUCAUCCUACUUGUAAAAAAUUACCGUCGAUUCUUGGAAUAUUAAAGGGUUUAAUCAAUCCUCUAAACAUAUACAUAUUAGAAUGAUAGAUCAUAAGAUAGCAGGAGACUGUUAUACUUGGAUAAAAAAUAGAAAGUAAUCAUAUUGCUCGUAGAAUGGACUGAAUUAUGGUAAAUAGUGCAUGUUUUAAGAGUUUCCUAGGAGUACGUCUAGUACCACAACCAUUAGAGUUGUUUCCAAUCAAUGUGGGCUAAUACUUACUUCUUCUCCUUUAUUAAAGUCCCACCAUAAGCCAUUUAUAUAUUUUUAUUUUUUGGGAUGAUCACCCAAAAUCUUCAGAGAUUAUGCAAGAGGUGUAAAGUGUGAAGGUAGUUGGAUAACCCAUGUUCCAAGUUUGUGAAAAACUCAUAUUACUCAAACUUAAGUUGAAGGAGACGAACAAGGAAUUAUAAUAUGAUAUUACUCUAAGGGCUAAAGAAGUAGAGGCUAAACUCCAUAUUGCUCGGCACGAGGCUCUAUAUCAUCCCUCCCAUUAGACUUUUGACAAAGAAGUUAAUUGUCACUAGAAUGUUAUAGGUUGAAGACACCUGAAGAUACAUUUUAUAGGCAUAAGGCUUGUAUCCUGAAGGUGGCAGAUGGGGAUCUAAACACGAGAUAUUCCCACAAUUCCCCAAAGUAAGGACACAUAGGAAUAAGAUCGCGUACAUGAAGAACGAUAAUGAGACGACAAUAACUGACGUAGAGAAAAAUGAGCAUGUAAAAGUGAAAUUUUAAUAAAAAAUUACUUGGUAGCGAAAAUCCAGAGGUCAUAGGUUUCUUUGAAGAAGAUACUAGUGUGUUACUGCAGGGGCAGAUAUCAGAAGCAGAGGCAGCUGAGUUAUGUUGAUCAAUUUCAAAUGAGGAAAUAAAUGACAUAAUCUUUGGUAUGAGUACAAAUAAUUCGUUUGGCCGUAAUGGUUAUCCUGUCAAAGUUUACAAAACAAUAUGGCAUAUAAUAGGGGAGGAUGUGACUAAAGCUACUAGACAUUCUUUGAAAUAUGGCAUCUUCAUUGUGAGAUCAACUCCACAAUUAUGUCCCUAAUCCCUAAGGUAUAUGAUGCUAAUAAGAUGAAUUUGUUUCAUACAAUAUCUUGUUGCAACAUCUUGUACAAUUGUAUUCCAAAAUCAUAGCUACAAAAUGUCUAAGGUUCUUACUAGCAUAAUUGAGAAAAAUUGAUAACCUUUUGUAAAGGGAACAUUAUAUUAUUAACUGAACAAGUUUACUUUCACGAUUUUCAUUGUUCAUCACGAUAAAAUAGCAUAAUCCACUUUUUUAAUUGACCCGGAUUGUUGUUCACUUAGGAACUUAUCACCUAUGCGUUGAUGCAUGAUGUUCCCCUUAUUCACGUAUCCCCUAAGUUUUGCCUUGGGCUAAGCCAUUUAAUGUCAACCUACUUCAUAACCCUUUUUCCCUAAACGAUCUCCUUUGAUACUCGAGGGAUCACAAAUCUAGGCGGGUAGAACAACUCAAAAAUUGGAUUAGUCAACUAUAAAAUAUUUAUUAUUAGACCAUAAACCACACACUAUAAAAUAUUUAUGUAACCAUGUUCUAUAACAGUUUUUUUUAUCUCUUACAUCCAAUUUUAUCAUAAAUACAUGAUUAGUUAACUUUGACAUAAUAGUUUAAUCAUAAGUUACUUUCUAAAAUUUGAUUUUGUUAUUAUACCAGAAACUAUAAAAUAUUUAUGUAACAACUUUGACAUAACAGUUUAAUCAUACGUUGCAUUCCAAAAUUUUAUUUUAUUAUUAGACAACACACUGUAAAAUAUCUCUUACAUCUAAUUUUACCAUAAGCUCAUGAUUAGCUAACUUUCAAAUAACAGUUUAACCAUAAUUUACUUUCUAAAAUUUGAUUUUUUGUUAGACCACAUACCACAUACCACAAACUAUAAAAUAUUUAUGUAACAAAUUUGAUAUAACCGUUUAAUCAUAUGUUUUUUCUAAAAUUUGAUUUUAUUAUUAGACCACACUAUAAAAUAUCUCCUACAUCCAAUUUUACUAAAAGCUCAUGAUUAGUUAACUUUGACAUAACAAUUUAAUCAUACGCUAUUUUCUAAAAUACAAUUUUGUUAUUAGACCAUAGACUACACACAAUAAAAUAUUUAUGUACCAAUGUUCUAUAAUAGUAUUUUUUAUCUCCUGCAUCCAAUUUUAUCAUAAGUUCAUGAUUAGUUAACUUUGUCAUAACAAUUCCAUAACAAAUUAAUCAUAUGUUACUUUCUAAAAUUUAUUUUAUUAUCAGACCAUACAUUAUGAAAGAUUUAUGUAACGUCUCAGCUUCAUUCUCAUCUAAUUGCCUGAUAUCUUCUUUAAGCUCCUCCGUGCGCCAAGGUGGAAAGAACUCCUCAAUGAAUGCUUAUGAUAUGGUCACCCAAUUGGUGAAGGUGUUGGGCGGAUGAUAGUCUAGCCAGUUCUUCGCCUUCCUUGUUAGUGUUAAAGGGAAUACUCUCAAUCGAAUGACACCUUUGGUGGCUUCAUCUCCAGGAACAGAAUCUAUGAUCGUCGGGAAUUUCUUUAUGUGAUACACCCGAUCGACAUUACCCCUUCCUACGAACCUUCCAACUAGUUGCACCAUCUGCAUCAAUGAUGGCUUUAGGAUAUUUUUUCUAAUUAGAAGCAUGUGCAACGUUUGGUAGGCUUAUAUGGAUAUGGUAGUGAACUUACUAUGGAGAGAGGGGUGUAGCAGGAUGUAUAGAGUUGUGGGAGUUGAUCAUCUAACAAUUGUCCGUAGGGUGGAUAAUUUGUUUUUGUACAAGUAAGGUAACUUGAAUAUGAAUGAAGAUUGGAGAUCCCUGAGCACUUCAGUUGGAUAAGGAGAAUACGCCAUUGUACACGGAUUUCGUUUCUAGAAUAUUAUUAGUUUUUUAGUCAAUUAUAAUAGUAGCAACAACUGAUGUAAUACUGUUGACUAAUUAUUUUGAAGGGGCUUAUUUUGAGUCUUUCUCAUGUGGCUUAUUAGUCGCCCUAAAAUUAAAAUAAAUGCCCUCAACCAUACUAAAUUGUCACAUUUACCCCUAACCUCAAUUUUAACCUAAACCCUAGCAUACAAUCUCUCCCCCUCAACCCCAAGGCCCAAACCCAACCCUCACAAUCUGGGCAAAAAAAGCCACGGCCGCCCCAGUACUGCUCUGUCGCCUCAUAACUACUUUGUCGCCCUCACAUUCUUGCUAUUGCUAUCGAGCAAAAGGAGAAAUGCGGACGAAGAAGAAGGUUGAUAGUCAUUGCCGCUGCUGCCGCCGAGAUCGCUCCCUAUCGUUGUUGUUAUUCGUUUUUGCAGUCGAUUAAGAGGAGGUAGGAGAGCGAAGAAGAAGAAAGGCGACCCAUGGUUGAUCCCAAGCACAUGUAUGAGACCCGUUUUCAACUCGCCUUGGACAUGUUUUCAACCCAUCCUAGAUAUGUUCGGGACACAUAUUCAACCCGUCCGACCCUAAAAAUUCAUUAAAAAAAAAUUCUUCUUUACCUUCUGCUCUUUUUCGCAUGGUGAUGACGAAGACUAUUGGGCCUCCGGUUAGGUGGUCGACUCUUACGACGAAUGAAUGUAUGUUUUUGUCUUAGAGUUUAAGUGAUUGUAAAACAAAAAAAAACUAUGGGUAUUAGAGUAAAUUUAUCAUAAUGUGGGUGAUAAAUAAGAAUUUUUUAGAACGACAACUAAUAAUUCCAAAAUAUGUUUUUUGGUUAAUUGCAUGGUUGGUCACUAAGAUUACAAAAAACGUUCAUGUUUGGUCACUGAAAAUAUUUAAAUCCAAUCUUGAUCACUCAAAUUUAUUAAAUGGUUCAAGUUCGGUCACUCUCUGUCCAACUCCGUUAACUUUUGCUUAUGUGGCAGUCAACUUUUAUAGUUGAUAGUUAAAUGUGUGAUAUGGCAAUUAAAAAUAAUAAAAUUAAUUUUAUAUUUUCCACCUCAUUUCUAAAUGAAAUAGGGGUUUCUAAAUGAAAUAGGGGGUGGUACAAGUGCAAGACGAGUUUGUCAUUUGAAGGGCCUUAAGCCCAUUUCGUUUCACAUUUUUAGUCCAAGUCUAGAAACAAACUAGUGGUGCUGUCGAAGGUUGAUUUCGAUCAAACUCUACUUUUCGUGUCUCUUGUUGUGUUUCUGUUUUUUUCAUUUUUCCAGAAAAGAAGGCUAAGGAGAGAAGCACAAAAAUCGACUGCGCCAUAGCCUAAAUCGACAACAAGCAUCUCCUGCUCGACGAACCAACAACGUUGAUGGUAUACCUCGAGCUCAAGAAGGGAUGGAGUUCACGGCGGAGGUGCAGGAGGAAAUGCGGGGAACGUCGCGACUGAAUCGGAAGGGGCAACAGGACAAUGGGGUUUCAGUGAAGGACUAUUUGGUGGAGAAAUGGAAGCCGACAGAGGACAAAAAGGCGCUUUCCGAUGCAAUCUCCAAGCUCCGUCGUGGAGGACGACGGUUGGCGCUGAGGAACCCUAGCCCGGGCAGGGCGUAGUGGACGGUGUCGAUCUGGGCGAAAAGCAUGUUGUCUUACUGGAGAUUGGAGGCAGGCUCGACCACUCUCUGACGAAAUCGAGAGACCCUUAUUUAGGGUCGGGCUUGUAAGCGAAGUAAGGGUAGGCGUUGAUUAAGAAGGGGGGAGAGGUUUUGGCGUUGAAAUUGAUGAUCUGGGUGAGACAGCCGGUGAGAUCUCGGCGGAACGCGUCGGAGGAAGGUGGCUAGGAGAAUUGGACCUAUUUCGGUUAGAAGAGGUGGAAAAUAUAAAAAUUAACUUUAUUUUAUUAUUUUUAAUUUUCAUGUCACCAACGGUCAACUAUAAAAGUUUACAGUCAGA